AAAAUUCUGGGGAGCACGGAGGACCUGACGGCAGCGGCGAACGUGGAGCGCCAGACGAAGCUGCGGGACCGGCUCAAGAAGUUCUUCCACCGCCGCCCGACGAUGGAGAGCAUCAAGCAGAAAGGGAUCUACAAGGGUUCGUGCUUUUGGGUCGAUUUUUGGGUGGCCCGGGGGCGGCCCGUUAUGAGCCUGGCGUCGUCUGCAGAUGAGCCCGUGUUCGGCCGGCCGCUGUCGGCCCUGUGCGAGGCGGAGCGCCGCCUGGUGCCGGAUUUCGUGUCGCGUUGCGUCGGGGCCAUCGAGAGGAGGGAGGAGAAUCUGCAGGCGGAUGGGCUGUAUCGGGCCUCGGGGAAUCUCUCCCAGGUGCAGAAGAUUCGGUGCCAGGUGGAUCAGUAUAAUUUCAACGUGUUGGACGAGGAGGAGGACGUUCACGUGCUGACGGGGACGCUGAAGCUGUUCUUCCGGGAGCUGCCGGAGCCGCUCAUUCCGACGUGCCUCCACGAGAGGAUGAUCUCUGCGGCAGGUGUGCUGAGCGGGAAGGAGAAGGCGGCGCAGUAUCACGAGCUGGUCGGCCGGCUGCCCAAGUGCAAUUACGAGACGCUGCGCUUCAUCCUGCUUCAUCUCAAGAGGUUUCUGCCGUUU